UGCCUGAGGAAGAGCCAGGGACUCGAAACGUUGCACGCAUAAUAAAAAAAACUUUCAUGGGAGCUAUAUGGUAUGCGGAUCAUCUACCUGUUCGAAAGUCAUUAUAACCUACGUCCUGAUCGGGGCUUAUUGCUUAACUCUAACAAGUGGUAUGCCAUUUGUAAUAAAAAGCGCCACCUACGAUAGGCCCACAGCAAACGGGAGAAUUGUAUGCCAGUGUUAAGCAAUGGCAAGUAAUCAAAUGGACCUAAAUAUCCACAAUUCACUGAUGCGCAAAUGUUCGAGGCUUGGCGGGUACUGUCAGAUAUGGCAAGUGAUUGUGUCACUUGGACUUCUGUUUGUUGGGGUGUUGUGGUGGUUUUACAUUAUUGGAAACACUAAAGGCUUUGAGCCUCUCCUGCCGCAGGCCAACGACAGAGUUGAGAGACUCGAUAACAAAGCAAAAGUACAAACACAAACAUUCAAAACCCCAGAGGACCUAAGCGCGGAGGAGUGGGACCAGAUACAGAGAGCAGUUCAAUGGGGUGGACCGGACCAGGAGAUUACCACUGUAAACAUGUGCACCAGUCCGGACCACACCACCUUUGUUAUUAAUAACGUUAAGGACAGUUACUAUGUGGGAGAGGAGCUCCAUGUCACCAUUGUUGCCAAGGACUUCACCGGAAAGCCAAAACGCUAUGGAGGAGAUUUCUUCAAAGUAAAGGUUUUUUCAGACAAUUUAAAGGCUAGUGUGUUUGGAGAGGUACUGGAUCAUCAGAAUGGCACCUACUUGGCCCGGUUUACUCUACCAUGGGUGGGGGAGGCAUCGGUGGCGGUCCUUCUGGUUCACUCCAGUGAGGCUGUGCAGGUCCUCAAGCGACACCGGGAAACAGACCCUGACCGUGGGUUCUACUAUGGCUACUUUUAUGGCCAGAACUCUCAGGGUGCUAUAGUGGAGGAGAAGGCGGCCUGCAAUGUCAAAUGGGAAGGGGUGGCACUGCCAGGCGAGGAGCCCUGCUGCUGUGAAUACCCAGAUUUAAACGCAAAGCUGACGUGGCGCUGCCGUAAACCCCCCACUCUCCCAUGCAAUACCCUGGUGCACCAUGGUAUGGGUACCUAUUACAUCAAUCACUGGACAGACCUUGAGAAGGCAAUCAUGAACGGACAAUAUGUGCAGCGUUGGAUCAAGGGUGAUUCACGAGUAAUUAAAGUCCUUGCCUCUAUUUCAACUAUUGGACAGAGAGAGAAAUGUAAACCUGGAAUGCCCACACCGAUCCCAGCAGGAUUCUACAUGAAUGACGUUUGGACGUCAUUUGUGUGUGCCACCCGUCAUUUCAACACUGCCAAUGACAAAACUCAAUGUUUGAAGGACAAACACAUCUACAUGAUGGGAGACUCCACUCUCUUACAGUGGUACAACUUUAUCAUCAAUUCCGUACCAAGUUUCAGGCGCAUGGAGAUGCAUUCACACUCCCACAAUGGGCCUUUUUUGGCUGUGGACUUGGGGAACAACAUCGACCUGAACUACCGCACGCAUGGUGUCCCCCGACGCAACCCCAGGGCUAAGUUUGCGGAUAUGCACUACAUUAGUAACGAGAUCGAUGGCAUUGCUGGUGGCCCACACAUUGUUAUCGUCUUCAACAUUUGGGCGCACUUCAAACUAUUCCCACACUCCUACUUUGCCCACCGGGUGUCUCAGAUCCGCCGUGCAGUCGUGGACCUCUUGAGACGUGAGCCAGCGACCAAGGUCAUCAUCAAGACGGCUAAUACAGGCUUCCCGGAUUUCGGUAGCGUUGACUGGCUAUCCCUGCAGCUGGAUCGAAUCCUGCGAGAAGUGUUCCGUGACGUGGGAGUUUACAUCCUGGAUGUGUGGCAGAUGACCGCCUGUCACUAUGACAAAGAGAAUGUCCAUCCUGGCCCAGUAAUCAUCAAAAAUGAAGUGGACAUUCUUCUCUCUUUUAUCUGCCCUGGGUAAGGAGCCCGAUAUCAGGGGUGAAUAACAUACCCUGUGAUAUGGGGCCUUGGGCCCAGUAUGGGAGAACGGGCUAAGUUGAGCAUAGGGGUAAGCUGAGCCACCCCUCCUUUAAGGAAGAGGGAAUCAUUCUUUACAAUAUGUGGAAAGGUACAGUACAUGGCAAAUGUGGUAAAAAAAAAAAAAUAAUAAUAAAUAAAUAAAAAAAAAAUAUAUAUAUAUAUAUAUAUAUAUAUAUAUA